CUUUUUCGCACAAUGAAUACAGAUAGAAGAAGAAUAAAUGCCCCGAGUGGCGGGACUUCCGCACCGAUUUUCUCCAGGACUGUUAAAGAGUCUGGAUAUCUUCAAUCGCUGCGACCGUCGCGAAUCAGAGCUCCGCAUGAGCUCCGCAACAUCUACCUACGAACUGGAAUUAUCCCCUCCGCCUCUGGCAGUGCCUACCUCGAAAUCCCCCUUCCCACCCCGUCCUCGCCAACAACCUCCCUCAUCCCCCCGCGCUCCUCUCUAAAGCUCUCUUGCUCAAUCCAAGGACCCAAACCGCUCCCACGCAGCGCCCCAUUCAGCCCCUCUCUUUUGCUUACCGCAACCGUGAAAUUCGCCCCUUUCGCCUCCCGUAACCGCCGUGGCUAUAUCCGCGACUCUGUGGAACGUGACAUAGGCGUACAUCUUGAGACAGCACUGAGGGGGGUCUUGAUUGGGGAGAGGUGGCCGAAGAGUGGGGUUGAGGUCAUUGUGACAGUUAUUGAGGGGGACGAAGAUGGGUGGUGGGGCGAUGCUGUUAUGGGUGUACAUGGAGGUACGAAUGGUAGUGGAUGGGGCUUGUUGAACGUGCUCGCAGGUUGCAUCACGGUCUCGAGUGCCGCGAUUGCGGAUGCGGGGAUUGAUUGCGUCGAUAUGGUGUCUGGUGGCGUGGCCGCUAUGGUGAGGAAUCCUCAUGCAACUGGAAGAGAGGAGAAGGAAAAGCUAGUCAAAGUGCUGGAUCCCUGCCCUUCGGAGCAUCAAGAUAUUGUUGCGGCAUGUGCGGUUGGAUAUCUAGCUGCAAGAGACGAAAUCACCGAGGUCUGGAUGAAAGGAGACAUCGGAUUCAGCCAAGAGGAACUGGUGGAUGGAGCAACCCAUGCCGCACUUGGAAGUCUGUCGGUGCUCAAGGAAGUGUUGCUCGAAUCCGUCGAAGCGAAAUUUAAGGGAGAGGGAUCCUAGGAGUCAGGAGGCUUGAAGAGGAUGACUCUAUCACAGCAUGUUGAGUUGAUGAGCUUAGCAUCUUUGUUUUCUUUCCUUCUGGGCUCAAUGUGAUCUUGGCAUAGCGUUGGCGUUUCUGCGAGGGAUACCAAAAGAUGGUCGGGCGGCUGCUAUAUCAAAAGCGGUGGACUAG